UGUUCGCACACUACUCUCGCGAAGUUAAUCGCAACGGAAGUUCCACUAAAAACUCCCGCUGAAAUGGUCGAUUGAGCCAUGUAUUUCCGAGACGGUGGCGGUCGAAGGAUGGCCAUUCUCAAGUGGAUAUUCGCCAAAAUGGCUCUUGUUUUCUGAUUUACGCCCACAUUGACUUUUGUGCAGUGGUAGUUGUUUGCUUUACAAGGACGGUUUUGAGGAGCCGUAAAAGCCUCACACUAGGGGCCCGAUCGAGAGAAGAACUCGAAGUUUGUGAAGUAAAAAGGAGGCCACAUGGAGGCCAUUCUCUGCCAGCCAACGUAUUUGAUCGGCAACCGCUUCACCAAGAAAACGUUCCCCGGCCUGGUCCCCCACAUACAGUACCACCUCUGUCGCUCGAGCACAAACAUGCUCCUGAAAAUCGAGAACCAGCUGCUGCAGAGACACCGACAGCGCGAGACCACCGGCAUCAAGAAGCUGUACAACUCCUUCUUCGUGCUGUUCUAA